UUGGGACUCUCUGGAGUCUGGCCAAAUAGGGCAGAGAAGAGUAACACUACCCCAUCUUCUCUAUAACUCGUCCUUCCCAUAUUCUGUUCUCUCUUUACAUCUCUCCUCUUCUCCCUUAUCUCCCUGUUUUCUUCACUUCUCCCCUUCAUGAAAAGCUCUUUAGCCCAUCGUUGAUUUGCGGUUUGCGAACCCUACUAACAAGUUGAAUGUUGGUUUAAUCAGGGUGCGGCUGUUGUUGUGGAGGACCUGUGGAAACCCUAGAUUUGUUUUGGGAUUUUUCUUGGGUUUUGUGAAGGAAUCCUCUUAAAAGAGGGUAUUUUAUGAUCUAGAGGUUGUUUGAAACCCUAGUUUAUUGGGGAAGGGGUUUGUAAUUUUGUUUUUUGUUUUUUGUUUUGUUUUGUUUUUUUACUUAGUUUGAGUUGUGGCGCAUGGAGUUCGAGGAAACUAGAUCUGAGGAUCGUGCAAGGAAGAGGAGAAAGAAGGGAGUUCAUGGUCGACCGGAGAGUUUGGUUAGCAGUAGAAAACCGGGGAGUUUGGUUAGCAGUAGAAAGGUGGUUGGGACUAGAUCAAAGGCUCUGGUGGGAAGAUAUGUUAGGAAGGAGUUUGUUGGGAUUGGAGUUUUCCUUGGGAAGGUUGUUUCUUAUAGUAGUGGACUGUACAGAAUCGAUUACGAGGAUGGGGAUUGUGAAGACUUGGACAGUGGUGAGAUUCGGGACAUUCUAUUAGGGGAGGGUGAUUUUGACAGGGACCUUAAUGCCAGGAAGGAGAAGUUGGAUCAGUUGAUUUCGGUUGGUGACACGAAUGCAACAAAUAGAAGAUUGGACCAGAAUGUUGGGGAUUCUGCAAAUGGCUUCAAUGAGGUUGAAGCAUAUUCCAUCAGUAAGUUGGGUUCUGAUCAUGAGAAAGACUUUGAAGGAGAAGGAGUUCAUCUUGAUGAAGACGCUGACUCUUCUAGUGACUCAUGUGAGUAUGUUCGAGUUUGCAAUUCUGGCAUGGAGAUUGAACAUCCUUCUGUCCCACCGCCUGCACUACCUCCAUCGUCAGGCAAUAUAUGCGUGCCUGAGGAAUCUGUUUCUCAUCUGUUCUCUGUUUAUUGUUUUUUGCGUUCAUUUAGUAUACAGUUAUUUCUGAGCCCCUUUGGACUGGAUGAUUUUGUGGGGUCACUUAACUGUGUUAUCCCUAACACAUUGUUGGAUGCUAUUCAUGUUGCUCUCCUGCGUGCAUUAAGACGUCAUCUUGAGAUGCUAUCUUCCAAUGGUGCUGAGCUUGCUUCAAAGUGCUUGAGGCGAAUAGAUUGGAGCUUGCUCGACUCAUUGACAUGGCCUGUUUACUUAGUUGAGUAUUUUCUGGUAAUGGGCUACACAAAGGGACUAGACUGGAAAGGGUUUUAUGAUAUUGUCAUAGACAGGGAAUAUUACACCUUGUCUGUGGCUAAGAAGCUUAUGAUCCUGCAAAUAUUGUGCAACAACGUCAUAGAAUCUGCAGAGCUAAGAGCAGAGAUUGAUACGAGGGAAAACUCAGAGGUGGGGACAGAUUUUGAUGGGCCAGUUAGUGCCUCUUGGGACAAUGUGCCGAGAAGGGUGCAUCCUAGAUAUUCCAAGACCUCAGCUUGUAAAGAUGCCGAACUCAUGGAGAUUAGUUCUGAAACUCAUGAGGUGAAGUCAACUGGCCCUGAUGGCUUGAUGGGUUCUAAAGUUUCUGAACUGGAUACAAAUGCCGCUGAUCUUGACCAAGAUGGAAAUAGUGAUGAAUGCCGGCUCUGUGGCAUGGAUGGGACCCUCAUUUGUUGUGAUGGGUGUCCUUCAGCUUACCAUUCAAGAUGUAUUGGUCUGAACAAAAUGCAUCUACCAGAAGGAUCUUGGUUUUGUCCGGAAUGCACAAUUAAUAAAAUGGCAUCUACUCUUCAUAUAGGAACAGGCCUUAGAGGAGGAGAGAUUUUUGGUAUUGAUCCAUACGAGCAGGUCUUUUUGGGUACUUGUAACCACUUACUAGUGCUCAAUGCCUCAAUGAACACAGGAGCUUAUUCCAGAUAUUACAGUCCGAUCGACAUUCCUAAAGUCCUGCAAGUACUUUGUUCAUCUGUAGAGCAUAAAAAUCUGUACACGGUGAUAUGCAACGGCAUUAUAAAGUAUUGGAAAAUUUCUCAAGCUUGUAAUUAUUCUCUUCCUGUGAAAACUGAAACUGCUACAUAUCCAGCAGACGAGAAGGAAGAGGCAAUGGUUUCAACUCCACUCUUUCCCUUUUCUGGUAAAAAAACCUGCAAGUUAAUGGAUACAAAUGAUGGUGAGAAUUCUGCUAGCAGUUUAACUGAAAAUAAUGUGGGCAAUGCAACAUUAUCUUGUCCGGGGAAUGAUUGCCAAGAAACUGGGUUUAAUUGUACCUCCUUUAUUACAGUGAGCCAAGUUGAUUCUCACAGCCUCAAGAAAGAUGAUUAUGCUACAACUCAACUGGUUGGGCAACUUGAAAAUAACAAACUUCAUGAGCAGCUUGGAACUGAAUCUACUGUGUCUAAUGGGUCUGUUAGCCUGCUGGCUGACCCCUCUGACUUAAACAACCAAAGCUUAGCUGAUAAAUCAAUUUUGUUAGAAACUGCUACCUGUACCUCAGGAAACAGGCAUGGUCCUAAGAAGGAAAAUGGAAAUGGUGUAGCUUUGCCCACAACUAGUGGUCCUUUGAGCAUGGUUUCUGAAAGCACAGAAGGUAAACAUGGUACUGGUGUGACAAGUAAAGUAGACAUGAUUCACGCUUGCUCAUACAUGGGAUCAAACUUCAAAACCCAGACUUAUGUGAAUCAGUAUGUUCUUGGUGAUGCUGCUGCAUCUGCUGCUGCUAAUCUGGCUGUUCUUUCAUCUGAAGAAAGUCGAGUCUCUGAGUCUAACGCUCUAUCAAAUACUAGGAAAUUUGUGUCUGCAAAUGUCUCACUUCAAAUGAAAGCAUUCUCUUCUGCUGUCUUUCGUUUUUUCUGGCCAAACUCUGAGAAGAAGCUAAUGGAGGUUCCAAGGGAAAGAUGUGGUUGGUGCCUUUCAUGCAAGGCUCCUAUUACAAGCAAGAAAGGAUGUCUUCUAAAUUUAGCUGCCUCAAAUGCAUUGAGAGGAGCUGCGAGGAUUCAUGGUGGCCUUCGUCCCAUAAAAAAUGGAAAGGGAAAUCUUCCUGAUAUCGCAGCAUAUAUUUUGUACAUGGAAGAGAGUUUAAGUGGUCUUACAGUUGGACCCUUCCUGAAUUUAAGUUAUAGAAGACAAUGGCAUAAAAAAGUUGAACGAGCUACUACCUGUACUGUUUUAAAGCUCCUCUUGCUUGAACUCGAGGAACACAUUCGUGUAGUUGCUCUUUCUGGGGCCUGGUUCAAGCUGGUGGAUGAUUGGUCAGCGGAGUCUUUUGUGGCCCCAAGGACCAUGUGCUCUGGUGGAUCAACUCAGAAGCGUGGAGCAGCUGGGAGGCGGAGUAGGAAACAAUCUGCGACAUCUGUAAUCACAGUUGAUCCUAACAAAGGUACCAUGUUGGAUGUAAACUGGUGGAGAGGAGGGAAGCUUUCAAAGAUGGUAUUUCAGAGAGGAAUUUUGCCGUGUUCAAUAGCUAAAAAAGCAGCUCGUCAAGGUGGUUCUAGGAAGAUUUCUGGUAUUUAUUACGCUGAAGGUUCUGAGAUUCCUAGAAGAAGCCGGCAAUUUGCUUGGAGAGCAGCAGUAGAAAUGAGUAAGAAUGCAUCACAACUUGCACUUCAGGUGAGGUACCUUGACUUGCAUGUCAGAUGGAGUGAUCUUGUUUGUCCUGAUCAAAGCUUGCAAGAUGCUAAAGGAUCAGAAGCUGAAGCUUCUGCUUUCCGAAAUGCACUUGUCUGUGAUAAGAAAGUCCAUGAAAGAAAGAUUACGUAUGGAUUACAAUUUCCCAAUCAGAAGCAUCUCUCAUCCCGUGUGAUGAAGAACAUUAUAGAAACUGAACCAAUCCAAAAUGGGCAAGAGAAGUUUUGGUUUUCUGAAUUUCACAUCCCUGUAUACCUAAUUAAAGAAUAUGAAGAGGAAGCUGAAAAGGCCCUUGUAGCCAAUAAGGAUUCUCACAUAGUGUCCAAGUUACAAAGAAGACAGCUGAAAGCUUUGCGGAGGGAUAUAUUCUACUAUCUUAUGCUUAAGGGGGACAAUUUAGACAAGAACUCUUGCAUCUCAUGUCACAAGGAUGUUCUAUUCAGGAACAUGCUAAAGUGCAGUGCAUGUCAAGGUUAUUGUCACAAGGAGUGCACCAUGCCUGCAACAGAUAACAUGAAAGAUGAGUUGGAAUUUCUGGUCCUGUGUAGUCAGUGUCACCAUGCCAAUGCUCUUGUUUCAAAUGAGAAUAGUAAGAAUUCCAUGAUCAGCCAAGUCUUUCAACCAGAAGAUCAGAUACCAGUGAUCAAAGGCACUCAACAAAAUGGUUAUGAUAAAUCGUUACUACGCAUUAGAAGUGCAGAGAUGUCUGCAAGCAUGAAGCCAUCUGCUAGAGAUACUAACUCAGUUACCAAAAGUCGACGUGGGGCCCUUGCUUUCUAUGGUCUUAUAAAGAAGAAAAAGAAGGAAAAUACUGAGACUGGUGCUGAUUUCAGGGCUAAUAACCUUCUCCUUAAAGGAAGCGCAGAUAUGAAACCAUCAUUGCAACCCAUUUGUCACUUGUGCCGUGAGCCUUACAAUUCUGAUUUGAUGUAUAUCCGUUGUGAAUCAUGCAGAAAUUGGUAUCAUGCUGAUGCUGUGCAACUCGACGAAUCCCAGAUUUUUGAUGUCGUGGGGUUUAGGUGCUGCAGGUGCCGGAGGAAAAGCUCACCACUAUGCCCUUACAUGAACCAUGAUAGGUAUGAAGGACGCUCAAAGGCUUCUAAGCGAGGCAUUUCAGCAACAAGCACUGGAUUAUACAGUCAACAACCAGUGUUGCAUACGCAGAUGGAGGAGGUGACCAUGGAAGAGGAUGAUUCCCUUAUUUUCUCUCUUGAAAGAGUUGUACCAAUCACAGAGUCCACUUCAGAAGUUGCAUGUGAGUGGAAUACUGCUGGGGUGCAGAAACUUCCGGUCAGGAGACAAGCAAAGCAUGAAAAGAUUAUGGAUGCUUCCUCUUUAAAUCCAUCUCAAGUGGAACCUAAUGCUCUUGAAGCGAACAUAGAUUCAAAUGACACUGAUAAAGGAUCAUCUUCUCAAGUAAAAUGGGAGCUUCCUGUUGAUGGCUUUAUAGAUGAUAUGUUUGACUUUGAAAAUAUGGACUAUGAUAAAAUGGAUUUUGAACCUCAGACAUACUUCUCUUUCACUGAAUUGCUGGCAUCUGAGGACAACCAGUUGGAUUUUUCUGAUGCGCCGGUUGACGUAGCAGGGAAUUGGGACAAUUCUUCUGGUUAUGGAGCAAUCACAUCCUACAACGUGCAGGAACAAUAUAUCACAGACAAUGCAGACAAAAGUCAAGAAUUAGCAGCUGUAGAACCUGUUGUUGACACAGUGCCUUGUAAGCAGUGUUUACAAACUGAACCAGCAGUCAAUCUUUGUUGUGAAGUAUGUGGAAUUUGGAUACACAACUUCUGUUCUCCAUGGGUUGAGCCUUCUUUGGACAGUAAGUGGAGGUGUGGCAGCUGUCGAGACUGGCGCUAAUUCGGACACCUGUUUGCUUAUGCACUUUUGGUUUUAUGACUAAUGCAUCCAUUUUCCAGGGGGUUGACAUUUAACAGUGUGGAAACAAGCUAAAUAUCACAAUACUGGGGAGAAGUUGGGUUCUUGUGCUUGGAUUGUACAAUUGAGGAACAUGGAACAUGCUUGAAAUAAUGGCUGCUGGAAGAAUCUGAGUUUCAGAGGUCCCUUUUUGAAUAAAUUGGGACUUGGGGCACUGUUGGUCACAAAUCUAGAUAUGAUUAGAUGUUGCUUUACAACGAUAUUCUCUUUCUGGGCAGAUGAGUUAAUGGUUCCAUUUUUUGGAA